UUCCGACUGUGUUGAAGAAUAAAAGUGGUGAUAGCAAAUACUGACUUUCAGAUUCGUAGGAACUGUACAAACUACGUGUUUGUCUUAUAUGCUGUAUUUCUGUGUAAGGGUCAAGAGUUUUGGACAACACUGUGACUUCCAUCGUUGCAGUCCUUUUAAUUAUCAGGCGAGAUCGACAGAACAUUUUCUCAGUAGGUUGAUUGCGGUUUAAACUAUACACCGUGAACGCGUCUUGCGCUCUACGUGCCUGCAAUCUCCGCCUUGCUUGCAAGAGAGAGGCGGACCAGUUAGAAGUAGGAGCUGAAACACUUUUGCUUUUUAACUCUGCCAAAAGCGGUGGAAAACCAUAGUGAAGUGCAGACAUGCGGGUGGCAGUGAUUGGGGCAGGAGUGAUUGGCCUGUCAACAGCUCAGAGCAUCUAUGAGCACUAUCACUCUAUUGUCAGUCCGCUGACCAUCGAGGUGUAUGCAGACAAGUUCACUCCACUGACCACUAGUGAUGGAGCAGCAGGCUUCUGGCAGCCUUAUCUGUAUGAUAAGGGCAACGUUCAGGAGACAAAAUGGAAUAAAGAGACAUUUGACUACUUGCUCAGCUUUCUCAAGUCACCUGAGUCCAUAAAAAUGGGAAUAUUCCUUGAGUCUGGCUACAACCUUUGCAGUGAACCCGCACCAGAUCCCUCGUUUAAGGACAGCGUUCUUGGCUUCAGGCAGCUCACAGACCGAGAGCUGCAGAUUUUUCCUGGAUACAAGUUUGGGUGGUUCAACACUGCUCUCAUGAUAGAGGGUAAAACAUACUUACCUUGGCUUAUGGAGUGGUUGCGAAAAAGGGGAGUGAAAUUUUAUCACAGGAAAAUAAAGUCCUUCAAGGAGCUGGCUGAAACCGGAGCAGAUGUGAUCAUAAACUGCAGUGGGAUGUGGUCAGGCCAACUGCAGCCAGAUCCAGACCUGAAACCAGGCCGUGGCCAGAUAUUGAAGGUCGAUGCUCCCUGGCUGAAGCACUGGAUUAUUACCCACGAUUUCACCAAAGGAACAUACAAUUCACCAUAUAUCAUUCCAGGAAGUCGUCUUGUGACGCUUGGUGGCGUUUUCCAGAUGGGAAACUGGAGUGAACAGAAUAGCUCUGUCGACCAUAAAGAAAUCUGGGAAAAAGCUUGUCAGCUUGAGCCUAGUCUCAAGCAUGCCAGGAUAGUCGACGACUGGUCUGGCCUCAGGCCAGUUCGCAGCAAAGUCCGACUGGAGAGGGAAGCCAUAUGGUCUGGUGAAACCCCCAUAGAGGUGAUACACAACUAUGGCCACGGAGGUUUCGGACUCACCAUUCACCGAGGCUGUGCCGAGGAAGCGGCGAGGCUCUUUGGUCAGAUCGUGGAACAAAAAGGCAAAGGUCCAAAAGCUCGCUUGUGAAUUGGUGUGCAGAAGUAACGAUUGAUGCUCUUUUUUUUUCAAAUGUCAGCAUCAGUGCAUAUAUUGCUCCUAGCCUCCACUAAUUUAAUAUUAAACAUCAUUUUCAAACAGUCUCAUGCACCUGCAAAGUUAAGGACAAGGCCACCAUUGUUAAUUAAACAAUGGCACAUAUGUAAGACAAUCGUGCUGAAAUCUAUUUGAGAUUUGGAUAAUUUGAGAAGCACUUUUUAUGUAUAAAUUGUACAUAUUUUUGUGAAUUUUUUAGUGCACUAAAUGCAAGAUUUGCAAUGAAUUUAAAAUAUUUAACUAAUUAAUAAAAACACGACUUUUA